GCCUGGGAAAGUGGGUGGCGAUAUCAACGUGGCUGUCAUCAAGCAGACGGAGGGGAAGAGCGAACGAAACCAUCCGUUGAGGAUUGCUUGCUUUAUAUAUAUAUAAAAAAAGAAGGAUUGCUUGCUUUAUCCAGUCGGACUUGAAAAGUGUCAGUGAAUCACCAGUCUACCGUGGAUUCUGUAGGCAUGAAAACACAACGUCGUUUUUAAAGAAAUUAUUUGAACACUUCAACUCUUUACCUUACAAUUUCGGAUGUCGUAUUGGAUUAAAUAUUUCCCACCUUUUUAGCAACGUAGUUAGCUAGCUAGCAUUUGCUAGUCUGUCUCAGGUAGAAGAGGGGUCGGUGACAAAGGAGGGGUAAAGUGGCGAGGUAACUUAACGAUGAAUCGAUUUCGAAAGUGGCUUUACAAGCCUAAGAGGACGGACCCUCAGCUCCUGGCCCAGUUCUACUAUGCUGAUGAGGAGCUCAACCAGGUGGCCACAGAACUGGACAGCCUAGAUGGGAGGAAGGAGCCUCAGAGGUGUACGCUGCUGGUCAACCAGUUCAGAUCCUGUCAGGACAAUGUGUUGAACGUUAUCAACCAGAUCAUGGAUGAAUGUAUCCCUGGCGACAGAGCCAACAGAGACUUCUGUGUCAAGUUCCCAGAGGAGAUUCGCCAUGACAACCUGGCUGGACAGCUGUGGUUUGGGGCUGAGUGUCUGGCUGCAGGCUCCAUCAUCAUGAACAGGGAGAUAGAGAGCAUGGCCAUGAGGCCUCUCGCCAAGGACCUGACCCAUAGUCUGGAGGAGGUCCGUAACAUCACGCGAGACCAGGCCCUCCGAGACCUCAACUUCUACACAGACCGCAUGAGGGACACGCUGCGCCACUUCGACAGCCUCUUUGCUGAGUUUGAGCUCAGCUAUGUAUCAGCCAUGGUGCCUGUGAAGUCUCCCAAAGAAUACUAUGUUCAGCAGGAUGUGAUUGUGCUCUUCUGUGAGACUGUGGAGAGGGCGCUCAAGCUGGGCUAUCUCAGCCAAGACAUGAUCGAUGACUAUGAACCCGCUCUGAUGUUUACAAUCCCCAGACUAGCCAUUGUGUGUGGUCUGGUGGUGUACGGUGAAGGUCCACUCAACCUGGAUAGGAAACCAGGGGACAUGUCUGAGCUCUUCCGGCCCUUCCGUACUUUACUGAAGAAGAUCAGAGACCUGCUCCAGACCCUGUCAGAGGAGGAGUUGUUGACACUGGAGCGGAGCCUCUGUAUCUCUCAGGACGGGUUCCCCCUAGUCCCCGAGCUUCCCCCUACCCCAGACCCCCUCUCAUCCAGCAGCCCCACCGGUGACAUCCCGGAGGAACCGACUGAGAGCGAGCAACAGGAGGUGCUGUCUCUUUGCAUCUCCCACAUCCAGGAUGAGGAGGACAGGCAGUGGGAGGAGGUGGAGAGGGGGGGAGAGGAGGAGCGGGGUGGUCUGUGUGAGGAGGCGGAGGAGGCGGACCAGGCCUGCUCCAUGCAAUAUGAUGAGGAGGAGAUUGAACAGCUCAACAUGAUGGUGCACCGCGUGGGGGACGAGAUGUUCACGCUGCUGUCCCCUCCCAGCCAGGGCCAGUCCCCAGCCCACCGCCCCAACAGAGGGGGCUCUAUCGGUGGCUCUAGCACCGAGGCCUCCCCCAUCCGGAUGCUGGUGGGCCAGGGCAGGACAGGUCUCUACCACGAGGAGGAGGACAGAGUCUUCUUCAUGGAGGACCUGGAUGCAGGAGGGGACCUUGUGACCAGCAGUCGUCUAACCUCGCCUUCUAACCUCGCCCCUCAGCCCUCUUCUCCUCAGCCCAGCAGGUCUGGCCCCCUUACCGACUCAUCCAGGAAUGGAUGGCCCACUGAAGCCCAGUCAGAUCUGUCCCAGCAGCCCCACAGCCAUCCCUCACAGUGCCCCAGCACCAAGCGACCUGGUCCCAGCCCUGGCCGGGAGCCCCUGCCCUACACUAACGGCUGGGAGGUGGGCCUGGAGGGGGCGGAAACUGCUGAGGUCAUAGCACACCGCAUGGGAGGGAUGAAGCUAUCGGCCACCGUCAUUUUCAACCCCCACUCCCCCAGCCUGACUGAGAUGGCUGUGGACAAGCUGCUCUUGCCCCGACCCCUCUCCUCCUCAGAGACAGAGCCAUGCGCCCCCCUGGUGGCCAGAAACUGCCUGCUCAACUCCUGUGUCUGCUGCGGCAGCUGUGAGGUCGGCCAUGAUGACACCCUCACCAUGGACACCACAGGGCUGGGAAUGGGCCUGGGAUUGGACCAACACUGCAAGCCCCACAGCUCUGUCAUCCAGUCCUCUGCCUGCCGCCUAGCUUCCUCAGGACACGACCUACAUGGGAAAGGGGACUCUCCCCCCUCUCGCUGCUCCUCAGAGCCAGCUCCAGGGGUGGAGGAAGGGGACCAGCACUGUGACAAGUGCCUGGUGGUGGUGGCCCCAGCGCCUCAGCAGUGCCUGGGCCAGAACAGGAGCCCCAUUGGGGUAAGGGGAACCCCAGAACCUUGUUCCCACCAGUGCAGGACAGUGAGGAGGCCUCAGGCCAGCGGGGGAAGGGACAGGACGGGGACCAGAGAGGCAGACAGUGAGUCCAAGGAAGAGAUCAAGAAGAACACUAGUUUUUUUCAGGACUCUCCUCUCAGCUCAGUCUCCAGUAGUGACUGUGAGAGUGUGUCUGUCACCACAUGUAGUCUGUCCAGCAGUGCUUACACAGCCAGCCCUGUCAGCAGUCUGACCACGAGCUCGGGGACGUCAGAGGAUCUGGACCAUCAUGAAAUCCAGCUGGCCCUGCAGGCUGCUAAGAUGGCCGCCAGGAACAAGAUCCGCUCGCGCUUCCACAGCAGCAGUGACCUCAUCCACCGCCUCUUCGUCUGCAUAUCGGGUGUUGCUGACCAGCUGCAGACAAACUAUGCCGCCGACCUUCGAAGCAUUCUGAAGACACUGUUUGAAGUCAUGGCUACCUCUGAGCAGGGGGACUUUGACAAGGAGAACGCAUGUCCAGGGCUUCGCAGUGCUGUGCUGGAGGACUGUUCUCUCUGUCAGGAAACCAUCUCCUCCUCGGAGCUGGCAGCCAAGGCCCUGGAGGGACAGUUUGAAGAUCCCCCAGACUGGGUUCCUGAUGAGGAAUGUGACUCCUGCAUCACCUGUAAGGCCCCCUUCACCGUCAUUCGCAGAAAGCACCACUGUAGGAGCUGUGGCAAGAUUUUCUGCUCUCGCUGCUCCUCCCACUCAGCCCCGUUACCGAGGUACGGCCAGGUGAAGGCCGUCAGGGUGUGUACGCACUGCUACAUGUUCCACGUCACACCGUUCUACAGUGACAAGACUGGCAUCUGACCCCUGCUGUAUCAAGUGAUUUCACCCCCCGGGCAACCUUAUCGAUCAUCUUCAUCACACUGCACAGCAAGGCAGGGCUUUGGAAUAAAGAGGACAUGGAUGAGAGGGCAGAGAGAUGGAACGAGGUCGGAUGUGGAGGCGCAUAAACCAUGAUUAGACCCUUUCUGUUGUUUUUGAGAUGCUGCUGCUGCCUGAAAGGGAACCAAAGGGCCUAAUGCUAUGCUGUCCUCCUCCUGAGUCACUGAUGCCUGCCUGCCUGCUUGCCUGCCUGCCUAUAGAGGCAGAUGAAGAAAAAACUGGAAGUAGGGUUUUGAACAGAUUACUCUGGACCGGUCCAGUGCUUUAGGAACAGCUUCUGGGAAUAUUUGCAGCUGAAGAGGGAGAGAAAGCCUUUUCUGUUUUAUUGCUUGUGUAUAACAAAGGCCUUCUGACAUCAUGUCCUAUGCUUUAGCGGGCUUCCCACACUUGUGCCAGAGCUCUGACAGGGCUCCGAUUACUUUAAAGAAUGGAAGUCAUAAUAAACAUGUAAAUAAGGAUAAUUAUGUUGAUAGUGAUGAUGAUCUCCGCACAACUGAUCUUGCUUGUUUGGCCGCAAUGGCUCUAGAAGUUUUAAUUUUAGUUUGUCAUGUAAUUCCUGAUGCUGUGAGGAUGAGGGGAAAGCAAUCCUCAUCAGGCUACCUAAAUAGCGAAGCAACAAAAAAAUAGAUUUUAUGUAUUGAUUCCUACCACGGAAAUUUGCCAAUGUUUUUAACGGCAAUUUAAUUUGUGAUUUAAUUUCAUAUGGGAUUUGUAUUUUAUUGACUGUGUGUCAAAGGACACAAAGAUUAGCUGUCCUUUAAUGACAAUGAGGGCUGUGCCCAUUGCUUUUACAGUCACAACAUACAAUGUUUAUUAAAAAAAAAAGCAUUUUCUCAUCCCAUCUUUAACAUGCUACUCCUCAACCUCUGAGAUUGACAUGGUCACAUCAGUCACUCUCUCAGGCAUUUAAUGCCCUCUGGUGGAGAGAGACUUUAACCUCCUACCACACAUCAGUAUCUAUAUUAAUUGAUUGUUAGAAUCAUGGAGUGCAUAUCACCACUAUUUAGAGGUUUAUGAUACCUGUCUCCCAUCAGUUGGUCAAGGCAGCUUUGUUUCCUUCAGAUUGUGCAAUAUAGUUUUCCCCUCUGUGUAUGUUGUUGCCAAACACAUUUAUCUUAAGUAUAUUUCAACUCUCCCAGGGGUCACACUGAUAGCAAACUUUUCUAGACAGGAUUCACCAAAACCGAGACGAACCUCUACUACUACACUAAGCAUUGAUGUCCAUUUUCAUGAUCUAAAUUACAUGCCAGCUGCUGCUGCUGUUGCAGAAACAUAUGUGAUCUGUAGGGAGAUCAGUUAGAAUAUGUUACAGAUAGUAAGUUAAAUUGAAACUAGACUGUUUUGUUCAUCCUUACCUGGUUAUACAUUAUCCCCAUACCUCUCUGCACAAAGUAUUACUAUUCCCAGUAGAUAACCACUUCCUCUACUCUUACAUCAUGAUUUCUGCCUGCUCCCUCAAGUCAUUUCUGAUGUGGAGGGAAAGCUUCACCAUCUAGGUUACAAUGGAGAAUGUGUUUGAGUUGAUGUGGAUAGAGGACUGGGCAAUCUGACAUAACUGGCUCAAACAACCAUGGCCUUCUACGCUUCAAGUCUGCACCAGUUAUAUCAAAUCUGCCCUGAUUUAUAAGCUAAUUCUCAGGCUUUAUCUUGUCUAGAUCGCUUUAUACUUCUACAUGGUUUAUUUGUAUUGCGGAAAAUUUAAAGACCUUAAAAUUACGUAAUUGUUUUAUAAACAAAAUGAAAUUGUAAAUCUAUAAAUCUAUUACUACUUUUUCAGUAUGGAGCGGUAAUUCAAGGACUGUGUAUCCUAUUACUUCAGAGCUUGUUAUUUUGUAAAGGCUAGCAUAUUUCAGUGAUAAGAGCCAUGUGAAACAUUUGGGAAAACUGAAAGAAUGUUAUUAAUUUUAAAUGCCAUGUCAAUUAAAAUUAAAUGACUUUUUCCUUUGAAUAA